GGUGAAAGGGCACUCGAGGGGGCCGGGCUCAAGACAGCGGUUCCCCUACAAAGCUCGGGGCGCCUCGCAGCUUUCGUAAUUCGCUCCGCGGCAGAGCCAACUCUCGCAUCCAGGGAAGAAGCGUCCAGCCCGCCCAGCCAUGGCUCUGCUCAGAGGGGUAUACAUAGUUGCUGCCAAGCGAACCCCCUUUGGGGCCUUUGGAGGUGCCCUGAAGGAUUUCACAGCCACUGAUCUGACCGAAUUGGCUGCCAAGGCUGCCCUGUCUGCUGGCAAAGUCCCUCCAGAAAUUAUUGACAGUGUGAUUGUGGGCAACGUCGCACAGAGUUCUUCAGAUGCUAUGUACCUGUCAAGGCAUGUUGGUUUGCGUGUGGGAGUUCCCCAGGCCACCCCAGCUCUCACAGUAAAUAGGCUUUGUGGUUCUGGCUUCCAGUCUAUUGUCAAUGGAUGUCAGGAAAUUUGUGUCAAAGAUGCUGAAGUGGUGCUAUGUGGAGGAACAGAAAAUAUGAGCCAGGCUCCCUAUUGUGUCAGAAAUAUGCGCUUUGGAACCAGGUUGGGGACAGACCUCAAGCUAGAAGACAGUUUGUGGACAGCGCUGACUGAUCAGCAUAUUAAAACCCCCAUGGCAAUCACUGCUGAGAAUCUUGCUGCAAAACACAAAAUAAGCAGAGAAACCUGUGACAAAUACGCUUUGCAGUCACAACAAAGGUGGAAAGCUGCUAAUGAUGCUGGCUACUUUGAUAAUGAAAUGGUACCAAUUGAAGUGAAAACAAAAAAAGGAAAAGAGAUCAUGCGAGUGGAUGAACAUGCCAGGCCCCAAACAACAUUGCAAACAUUGGCCAAGCUCCCUUCCAUCUUCAAGAAAGAGGGAACUGUUACUGCAGGAAAUGCUUCGGGAGUGUCUGAUGGAGCUGGAGCUGUGAUCAUAGCAAGUGAAGAAGCUGUUAAAAAGCAUAACCUGACCCCACUUGCCAGAAUUGUGGGCUACUUUACAUCCGGUUGUGAUCCCAAUAUCAUGGGCAUUGGUCCUGUUCCUGCCAUCAGUGGAGCACUGAAAAGGUCAGGGCUGAGCCUGAAAGACAUGGAUUUGGUUGAAGUGAACGAAGCUUUUGCUGCACAGUAUCUGGCAGUGGAAGAAUCUUUGCAGCUUGACCCAAGUAAAACCAACGUGAAUGGAGGGGCCAUUGCCCUGGGCCACCCAUUGGGAGCCUCUGGAUCACGAAUCACUGCUCAUCUGGUUUAUGAAUUAAGACGUCGAAAUGGAAAAUAUGGCGUUGGAUCAGCUUGUAUUGGUGGUGGCCAAGGUAUUGCUCUUAUCAUUGAGAACACAGCUUGAAGAUCCAAGGACGCAGCAACUAGAGUCCUUAGCCUGUAAAUAUUUAUUUACUAAAUUGUGUGAAAGAAAAAUAAUAACCUUCACAUAAGUUUCUGGCACUGACCCGGUGUUACCAAAAAAAACUUCCAGUGGGCUUAGGGAGUGAAGACAGAUGUGGAUUCUGAGGAUACUAAGACAAAGAAAUCCAUUUAUCCAGGAUGUGUGCCCAGCCUACAAUAAAACUUUUUCCAGAUUUGGCACCAGUAGUAUCGAGUGUAUUCCUCAGGCAGAAUUCAACCAGGGGAACUUGGCAAAAGUAGAACUCCUGCCAUGUAGAUACCAAAUAUACCUUUCUGCCUUAUUGCAUAAUUGCAAGGCCAUCUUACCAGUUGUUGCCUUAACUCUCUAAUGUCACAUGGUUCACUCCUGUCAUCAUAUAUCUCAUUUUGUAUUUGUCGUGUACUAAAUGCACUUCAUGGAUCAUUUAUGACAAAAAUCAUUAUAAAAUAUCAAUUAAAAAGUCAUCUCAGUUUCGAA